UCCGGCGCACCAUCUGGCAGGAGCCUGAUUGGCCACGCUCCGAGCACAACAGUGUGACGAUAACGAAGCUCAGAGCAAGCGCUUUACAUGAUCAAGGAUCGGGUGCAAAAACCUCUCGAAACCGUCGCAGAGUAUCGAGACCGGUUCUACCGAAUGUUUGUGAAAACUGAGCGAGGCGAGCAAGUAGGGAGAGAUCUGUUCAUAGACGGACUCCGCAGCCGAACAAUAAGGGCGAAGCUGCGAAAGCAGUUUCCCCCCAUCAAUCACACGCUACAGCAGAUCAUGGCCGCCGCAGAAGAAAUGGAACGGAAGUUCGCGGUGAACUUCCUGGAAGGAGAAGACUACUCUAGGGAAGGAGAUUCGUCCGAGCUCUGGGUUCGGUGUCCGAUGGCGAUUUGCAACGCGUUUGCCACAUUUCAGCGAGCGAUGAAUAUGACAUUCCAGAACUUCAUCAACAAGACACGGUUAACACAGGGGAUGAUCAAUUUUUGCGUGAUCGUGUACAUGGACGAUAUCCUUGUUUACUCGGAGACCUAUCACGGGCACGCGCAACACAUUGAGUGGACAUUGGGAGCACUGAGAGACACUGGGUUCAAGAUCGCGCUCGAGAAGAGCGAGUUUUUCCUCUCGGAAAUUUCGUUCUUGGGCUACGUCGUGACACGUGGAGGACUGCGGUCGGAUUCAAGGAAGGUUGCGGCGGUAAGAGAAGCCCCAGUUCCCACGUCGCUGACGCAGGUUCGAGCCUUCUUGGGGUUGGCAUCGUACUAUCGCCGCUUCAUCAAGGGUUUCGCCGAGAUUGCACGACCACUAACGAACCUGCUAAGGAAGGACCAGCCUCUCAGCUGGGACGCGGAGUGCCAACAGGCUUUCGCAACCCUCAAGGACGCUCUGGCGACGGCCCCUAUUUUGAUUCGGCCGGACCUCUCGAAGCAGUUCAUUCUUAUCACAGCGAUUCCGCCGGAGAUUCACUCCGACAUCUAUCGGACGUUGCGCACCUGGGCUGGAGAAGUGCGGACAACGUGGCUUGAUCUCCUGGCUCGACGAGGGGACACCGUCGUACUGGCGCAUGACACGGACCUCCAGCUCCGCUCUGCGCCGCUAUUGAGCGAAGAAAAGUGGGACGCGUGGUGGGAGGACUACAUCGAACUCGCCUUCUGUCUAUUGGAGAUAGAGUUCCGCUGGUUAGAAGCGGCCCCGUUCGGAGAAGGACCAGAGCACCCAGAGGACAGCGUGGAGCUUAUGAUCAUCCAAGCCUGGAGAACGGCGGAGCAGGGCGACCUGCUAGGAAUCAUAUUCGGGAAGGUGGAGGAAGGUAAUCUCACCUUGAUCACGGACGAAUUGCUGGUGUUUUUGACUCAGCUGGUGGACGAUAUGCCCCUGGACAUCUUGUCGCGCAGUGACAAGCAGCCUGGCACCCACUUGCUGUCUCGAACGCUCGAGCCGCACCUUGUGUGGUCCACAUGUACGGAGAUUGACGAGGACAACUGUCUCUAUCCCUCCCAGGCGCUCUACUUGGAGAUCGACGUUGUCGAUCUCACGUUUUGGGAUCCGAUUGCGAGGCAAAACGCGGCACAGGACGAGGAGAUAGGGGGAGCAGACGAAGAGAAGGAAGAGGUGGAACCAGACGAGGAAGAAGAAGAAGGAAACGAGCAAGCGGAGUCGGAGUACGAAGGAUUUGAGGCUAAGGUGCGUGACGCGGCUCGAGAACGAGCGCAAGAGCAAAGGAAACGAAAGCGCCAGGAGACCACGGAGGGAAAGUGACCCACGACAAACGAUCCAUCGAUCGGGGAGCCGUGGCGUGAUCC